GGAAGGUGCGGUGCGCAGCACAGACCCACGCGCCCUCCGCGCCGGAGCCCGUCUGGGAACGAGCGCCUCUAACUGCAUCCACAGACGCGCGGAGACGCCUGGCAGCCGAGGGAGGAAGGCCCCUGCGAAAGCCCGACUGUGCCCGGGGCCAUGGACUCGGACGCCAGCCUGGUGUCCAGCCGCCCGUCCUCGCCCGAGCCCGAUGACCUGUUCCUGACGGCCCGGGGCAAGGGCGGCGGCGGCGGCGGCUUCACCGGGGGCACCGUGUCCUCGUCCACGCCGAGCGACUGCCCGCCGGAGCUGAGCUCGGAGCUGCGCGGCGCCCUGGGCGCGGCGGCCGCGCACCCGGGGGACAAGCUGGGCGGCGGCGGCUUCAGGGCCUCGUCCAGCGCGGCGGCGGCGGCCGCGUCGUCCACGAAGAAGGACAAGAAGCAGCUGACGGAGCCCGAGCUGCAGCAGCUGCGCCUCAAGAUCAACAGCCGCGAGCGCAAGCGCAUGCACGACCUCAACAUCGCCAUGGACGGGCUGCGCGAGGUCAUGCCGUACGCGCACGGCCCGUCGGUGCGCAAGCUCUCCAAGAUCGCCACGCUGCUGCUGGCGCGCAACUACAUCCUCAUGCUCACCAGCUCGCUGGAGGAGAUGAAGCGGCUGGUGAGCGAGAUCUACGGCGGCCACCACGCCGGCUUCCACCCGGCCCCCUGCGGCGGCCUCGCGCACUCCGCGCCCCUGCCCGCCGCCGCCGCGCACCCCGCCGCCGCGCACCACCCCGCGGUGCACCAUCCGCUCCUGCCGCCCGCCGCCGCCGCCGCCGCCGCUGCCGCCGCCGCGGUGUCCAGCGCCUCCCUGCCCGGCUCCGGGCUGUCGUCGGUCGGCUCCAUCCGGCCCCCGCACGGCCUGCUCAAGUCUCCCGCGGCGGCGGCGGCGGCCCCCCUGGGCGGCGGGGGCGGCGGCGGCGGCGGCUUCCAGCACUGGGGCGGCGUGCCCUGCCCCUGCAGCGUGUGCCAGGUGCCCCCGCCGCACCCCCACGUGGCGGCCCUGGGCGCCGGCGGCCUGCCGCGCCUCACCUCCGACGCCAAGUAGCCGGCAGGUCGGCUCGGUCUGGCGAGUGGGGCGAGGAGGCCGCGGGGAAGCGAGGACUGGGGGCACUGGGGCCGUGGCUGGGUUGGGGAGCAGGGGUGCAAGGCCAGCCCCCUGGGGCGCACUGAACUUGGGGAGUGAGAGGGGCGUGCGCGGGACCUGGCUCAGCCCUCUCUGGCUUUAGCGAGGAUCCGGUGGACACACUUCUAAGAGGACAUCGCUGUGCGCACCCCUCCCCAAA